CUACCAAAAAGACGUUCUUGUCGAUACGAAGUUUUGUCGCCUGAAACGAAGUUUUUUUUGUCGCCUAAAAAUGCAUGACUAUAAAGAUUAGUUUAGAGAUGCGUGAUUUAAGUGAGAUCUGAAAGACUUCUCAUUAAAUUACUUGUUAAACGCUAAAGAGAAACAGUACAACAGUACUGAAUCUUUGCAUUAAAAUGAGAGUAUUAAUAGGCUCACACGUCAGUCUGAUCGCUGUGAUCUGCUCUAGUGAGAUCUUUCUGGCAAACGGCUCAGCCCCCGUCACGGCUUCGGGAACGUUUCACUUGGCCAAACACGGCGAGUACCAGGCAGUGCCACAACGCGUGAUCGCCUCAUCGGUCGGCCGAUCUAAGCCUCGUUGCUUCACCGAGUGCCUGAAGAAGGAGAUUUGUCGACAGGUUUGCUACGAGAAGACCAGCGGGCAGUGUGUGCUGGAGGAUGCCACCUUAGUCCCGGUGAAUGAACGUGCGACUAUGCCCGGGGCUGCUGGCUGCACUUAUUAUGCCAAAGAAGUGUGCAGCACCACUUACCAGCUCAGCCCGUAUCAGCGCAAGUUCCCAUUGCCUGCCUUUGACGGGGAUGAGGUCGUGUUGGACUUCGCUGUCAAGGCCAGGAAUGCUGCCAUGGUCCUGUUCUCGAACGAUGGCUCGGGAGAGCUGCCGGGCCUUGUAUACGAACUGGUUUUUGGAGUAGGCAGCAGAACCAUCAUCCGAAGGUGCCUGACUUGCAACGUACUGAAGGGGGUGCCAUCAACGGGCGACAUUAGCGAGACGGAGUUUCGUCGCUUCUGGCUGCACUACGACAGAGGCACCUUCAAGCUGGGCAAAUACCAGGAGCAGGCGUACUUGCAGUGGACAACCACCCCGCCCAAUCCCACCAGGUUCAUCGGCUUCGGCGCUUAUGGCAGAGCCCAAACUUGGGUCGUCUAUCACACCUGUCAGUGA